UGACAGGCUGUGCGCGCUCCCGCGGGGCGGCGUUAGGAAGUUUGUGUGGGCACCGCAGGCUGACAGGCUGUGUACCUCGCCGUGAUUUAGGUGUCAUUUCCCUCCCGUGGUCUGCACGCUGUAACCGGGGGCACCAUGAGGCUGCCGGGCAGGGAGAUCGCACUGUGUGUGCUGCUAGCGGUAUCCUGUGCGGCUGCUCUCAGUAACAACGCCACGGCAACCACUGAGCACCCACCUGCUACUACUCCAGCUAAUAGCACCACUAUUAAUGCGACAACUCCUGAGACUAAAACAAACCCUACGUUGGCUCCAUCUUUACCACCUGCGACCAUUUCUAAUACAUCGGUACCUGGCAACACUACAAAAGGACCCGCGGUUUCUACUACAGGUGUAACUACGAAAAAGGCAACCCCUGUGGCAACAACCAAUGCUCCCGUAAAGCCGACUUCUGCAAAAGCCACAUCUGCUGCUAUAACAACAGCAAGUAUGUAUUUAGGGCAAAUUUAUCACCUUUUAAAAAGGCCUGUUCAGAAAGCUAUGCCCAUAUGUGUUAUACGGUCAUUGCCAUGGACAAAGGAAUGAGUUUCCCUCUAGUGUUGGCUGCAG